AUGCAUUCCAUCGUGCUGCUGCUGAUUGCUACGGCCUUCUCAACGCGGGUAGCGGCCGUCCCUCGCCGUCCCGUGAUUCAAGAGGGAGACGACGCCUUCGUGACUGUAGAGAACGGCGACCUGAGGGGCGUGGUGGCCACGUCACUGAACGGCGCUCUCUACAACCAGUUCCUCGGCAUACCGUACGCAACGCCACCUGUCGCAGAUCUUCGGUUCCGCGCUCCGCAGCCGGCAGCCUCGUGGUCCGGGGUUCGGGACGCUCUGUCUUUCGCGGACGCGUGCGCCCAGCCCGUGUUGGCCGGGUUGCUGCCCUUCACUCAAGGCUCUGACGACUGCCUCUACCUCAACGUCUACGCGCCGGCUACGGCGAGUGGUCCUUUGCCCGUCAUGGUCUACAUCCACGGAGGAGCCUUCAAGACUGGUAGUUCUUCCGGAGCCACUCCGCACUAUUUCGUGGAGAAGGGCGUCUUGUUGGUCUCAAUCGCCUACCGUCUAGGCGCCCUUGGGUUCCUGAGCCUACAGAACGAAGAUAUCCCGGGCAACGCCGGUUUCAAGGACCAGGUGCUGGCCCUGCAGUGGGUGCAGAGGAACAUAGCGGCCUUCGGCGGGGAUCCCAGCAGGGUCGCCAUCUUUGGGGAGAGCGCAGGCGGCGGCUCCACGUCACAUCUCUUCCUUUCGCCUGCGACCAACGGUCUCUUCAGUGGGGUGAUCAUGGAGAGUGGGGUAGCGACGACCCCAUGGGGGCUGACGGACAUACCACGCGAGAGGGCGUAUCGGAUGGCGGAGGCGCUCGGCUUCCAGACGCAAGGCGAUAACCACACUGACGACAACGACGCGCGCCUGGCUGCCUUCCUUCGCGCCGCCAACUACUCAGACCUCAUCAGAGAUGAUUCUCUCGCACUCACGGACUUCGAGAAGCGCUGCCCACUGCCGCUGGCGUUCCUGCCCGUCGUGGAGCCACCGUCGGACUCUGCGAUGAUCGUUGAGCAUCCAGCGGACGUUCUCAAGGCAGGCAGCUACAACCAGGUGCCCAUAAUUCUGGGCGUCACUUCUGGAGAGGGGAUCAUCAUACCCUUCUUGUCCAGUAUCCUAACAGAAGAGGGUAUCGCCGACAUGAAGGAGAACUUCACGGCGCUGAUCGGCUCCCAGCUGCCGCUACCCACGGAGGAACAGCGGACCCGAGCAGCGGAACAGCUGGAGCAAUUCUACUUUGGGGACGAGGGCUUCUCUACAGAGGAUAUGCAAGCUGUUGUUGAUCUGUUUUCUGACGUGUACUUCAUACAACCAGCGGACUCCUUCGCUAGGGCCGUGGCGAACUCCAGCAACAUACCAGUUCACUUCUAUUACUUCAGCUACAACGGAACUGGCUCGAUAGAAUACGGUAUGAUGCAUGCCGGGGAAACGGCGUAUCUGUUUCCGAAUGGCGUAUUGGGACCAGACACGGACCCUAACUCCAACGAUGGGAAGGUGGCAAGUCAGUUGACAACACUGUGGACCAAUUUCCCCAAAUACGGGGAUCCGGCUCCAUCUGGAAGUCCAGUGGUAUGGGAAAAGUUGAGGGCGAAUGCAUCCAACUAUUUGGAUAUGAAACUGGAAUUUGUGACUCGUCAAGACUUCCUUAAGGAACGGAUGGAUUUCUGGAGAGAAAUACUGUCUUCCUGA